CGAUGACGUCACCAUCAGCCGUGCUUGAUUGACCAGUCGAAUCCUCGGCUGUUUGCGCCAACGUGCCUCCAGUCUCCAAUCAUCUCCAAGCUCCAUUACGAAUCUUCAACGAUUUUGGCGAGGCCGCGGAACCAGAUCAAGCUGCAUGCAACGCAACGGUACAACCCUGCCGCACGCUCUACUACCAUUCUGCCUGUACGCCGAAUCUCGGCGAUUCAUCAAGACUAGCGUAGACUGCAUUGGAGACGCCGCAGGUCGUUUGCCCCGGGCAAGCAAGCAAUACCUAAAGACGCAGCUAUGGCUUCCAGUUUCAAUGUCCUCCGGCAGCCUCUGAAGCUCUUCUCCCAGCAGCCCAUGACGGGUUACUUCCGCGACGGCUACUGCCGGACCACGACCGCAGCCAAUGGUGCCCCCGGCGGGCCGGUCAUGUCGGACCCGGGCAACCACGCAGUCGCGGGCGUCGUGACGGACGAGUUCCUCGACUUCUCGGCCUCGCGGGGCAACGACCUGCGCAGCGUCGGCCUCAUGGGCGGCUGCAGGUGGUGCCUCUGCACGGCGCGCUGGCUCGAGGCGUACCAGGCCUACCGCGCGGGCAAGAUCAGCGAGAUGGGCGUCCCGAGGGUGGACCUGGAGUCUACCGAGGACUCGGCGCUGCGCAAGGUGGAUCUGGAGACGCUGAGGCGGUUUGAGGUCAGGCAUCGGGAUGCGUAAAUCGUGGGUUCGCAAGAUGAGGGGAUUUGUAGGUCGCGUGUGGAGUGACGGGGAUCAUAGCAGUUGCAGACGGCAGGGAUACCAGAUUGGCAUACAGGAUGGUUGAAAGCACACAGAAGAGGUCAUUGCCGCCGUCGUGGCCGAGUUCGUGAUAAUCUUCCGCCGCUGAUUCUCCUCAUCACCAACCACACCUCACCAAUGCGGUGCACAUAUUAUGCAAGAUACAACUGAUAAAAUGCUUCGAAAGUGCC